UGACAGCUGUCAGAUGACACGGGAUGCCGGCAGGUGGAUGUGGAAACAUGGCGUCCAACGAGAUUGCUAGAAAAUUAAUUAACCACAACGGAGAUUUGUGAAGCACUUUAUCUGUAAUUAUCAUGUAAAAGAAAUAAGCGAGGUUUACGAGUGCUCGAGCGAUUUAUUUGCUUUUUUUAAACCGUGUCGAUGGUAAAAUAUUCGCGCCAGGAAGUUAUCACUGCCGCAAUCACGAAUAUGCACGUAAACACGUAGCUGCAUCUAUUACAAGCUCGUAUCUUAUUACGUGGCAUUAGUUAUCGCAGAGAUAUACCACGUUGCUUCAUCAAUAAGACAACGUUGCACGAUUCCCAGGAAUGCACGAAAAGAGAAAAAAGUUACAGACCAUGCGUGCUUUAAUACUCGUAGGUGGUUAUGGAACCAGAUUGCGACCUCUUACUUUAAGCAGGCCCAAACCACUCGUUGAAUUUGCAAAUAAACCGAUGCUCCUGCACCAGAUUGAAGCACUGGUACAAACAAAUGUUACGGAGGUGAUAUUGGCUGUUUCCUAUCGGGCGCAGCAAAUGGAGGAGGAGUUGGUUCAUGAGGCGAAGAAAUUGGGAGUGAGACUCAUCUUCUCUCACGAACCGGAGCCGUUGGGUACAGCUGGACCGCUUGCGCUCGCGCGUGAAUAUUUGUGUGCCAGUGAUGAUCCGUUCUUCGUUUUGAACUCUGACAUUAUUUGCGAUUUUCCCUUUAAACAGCUCCUCGAAUUUCACGAGAAUCAUGGUAAAGAAGGGACUAUAGUCGUCACCAAAGUAGAAGAGCCGUCCAAGUACGGCGUGGUUGUGUACAAAGAGGAUGGAAAAAUUGAGAGUUUUGUCGAGAAACCCCAAGAGUUUAUAUCUAACAAAAUUAACGCAGGUCUGUACAUCCUUAAUCCGAGCGUAUUGAACAGAAUAGAAUUGAAACCUACCAGCAUCGAGAAGGAAGUUUUUCCAAACAUGGCUCAGGAUGGGGAGUUGUACGCGAUGGAGUUGCUAGGCUUCUGGAUGGAUGUGGGACAACCCAAGGAUUUUCUAACAGGAAUGUCCAUGUAUCUUGCCUCAUUAAGGCAAAAGCAUCCUGAGCAACUUUAUUCUGGACCAGAAAUAGUGGGAAACGUCUUGAUAGAUCCAACGGCUACGAUUGGCAAGGAUUGCAGAAUCGGACCCAACGUCACGAUUGGGCCUGGUGUCACUCUGGCUGAUGGAUGUUGUAUCAAACGAAGCACUAUUCUUAAGGCAGCUGUGAUAAAGGAGCACGCAUGGCUUGAUGGAUGUAUAGUUGGAUGGAGAAGCGUUGUUGGACGAUGGGUGAGAAUGGAAGGUACAACUGUACUAGGGGAAGACGUUAUUGUGAAGGACGAAUUAUAUAUUAACGGCGGACAAGUUUUACCGCAUAAGAGUAUUUCUACGUCUGUACCAGAACCGCAGAUUAUUAUGUGACCAAAAAAGUAUAAUCUAAGCUCACGAACUAGUGCAGGUAAUAAUAUUAGGUCGAAACAUAUGUAUGUCAGAAAGGUUUUUUUAAUAAUUUUUCAAAACACACUUGUAUGAACAGUACACUUCAUUUCUAUACGUUAAUUAUAUUUAUAUAGCGCGUUGCGCAUUUUUGUAGAUACUUUCACGUUAAAAUAAAAAAAAAAAAAAAUACAAAUUUUGCUUUAAA